UCCCCGGGGCUGGGCGCAGGGGCUGGCGCGGUUGGCUCCGGUGGCGAGGGGCUCCCGUUCCGCCGGGGCAUCCGUCUGCUGGACAGCGGCUCCGUGGAGAACGUGCUGCAAGUCGGCUUUCAUCUGAGUGGCACAGUAACUGAACUGGCCACUGCUUCUGAACCAGCAGUGACUUACAAAGUUGCAAUCAGUUUUGAUCGAUGCAAAAUCACCUCAGUGACAUGUGGCUGUGGAAACAAGGAUAUUUUCUACUGUGCUCAUGUGGUAGCACUCUCACUCUACAGAAUCCGUAAACCAGACCAAGUCAAAUUGCGUCUUCCUAUUUCAGAAACUCUUUUCCAGAUGAAUAGGGACCAGCUACAAAAGUUUAUUCAGUAUUUAAUCACAGCACACCACACUGAAGUUCUUCCCACUGCACAGAAACUGGCAGAUGAGAUUCUGUCCUCCAACUCCGAAAUCAACCAAGUGAACGGUGCCCCUGACCCCACAGCUGGGGCCAGCAUUGAUGAUGAGAACUGUUGGCAUUUGGAUGAAGAACAGGUGAAAGAACAAGUGAAGCUUUUUCUCUCCCAGGGAGGUUACUAUGGAUCUGGAAAGCAACUCAACUCCAUGUUUGCCAAGGUUCGAGAGAUGCUGCAAAUGAGGGAUUCCAAUGGAGCCAGGAUGCUGACACUUAUAACUGAGCAGUUUAUGGCUGACCCACGACUCACACUCUGGAGGCAGCAAGGGACGAGCAUGACAGACAAGUGCAGACAGCUCUGGGAUGAGCUAGGGGCUUUAUGGGUGUGCAUAAUUUUAAAUCCACACUGCAAAGUGGAGGAAAAGUCCUGUUGGCUACAGCAGCUACAGAAGUGGAGCGACCUGGAUAUCUGUCCCUUGGAGGAUGGGAACUAUGGACACGAGCUACCCAACAUCACCAGUGCACUUCCCCAGAAUGCCAGUCACAGCCCAGACUCUUUAUCCAGACCAAGACGAACAGUAUUCACUAGAGCCAUUGAGGGCCGUGAAUUACAUUGGCAGGAUAGCCACCUACAGCAAAUAAUCAGCAAUGAUAUUUAUACAGCACCUGCCUGCCAGCGGGAAAGUGAGAGACUACUCUUUAAUUCCCAAGGCCAGCCACUGUGGCUUGAGCAUGUGCCUACAGCCUGUGCUCGAGUUGAUGCCCUACGUUCCCACGGUUAUCCACAAGAGGCCCUCAGACUCACAGUGGCCAUUAUUAAUACCUUGAGGUUGCAGCAGCAACGGCAACUGGAAAUCUAUAAGCAUCAGAAGAAAGAACUGUUGCAAAGAGGAGCCACAACCAUCACAAACCUAGAGGGCUGGGUGGGCCACCCCCUGGAUCCCAUUGGCUGCCUGUUUCUUACUUUGACUGAAGCCUGCCGACUGAAUGAUGAUGGCUAUCUGGAAGUGUCAGAUAUGAAUGAAAGCAGACCCCCUGUGUACCAGCAUGUACCUGUAGCUGCAAGCUGCCCAAACAGCAGUGAGUCCUACCUAUCAUUGGCCCUAGAAGUUGCUCUGAUGGGCAUGGGUCAACAGAGGGUGAUGCCUGAAGGCCUCUAUGCACAGGACAAGGUGUGCCGAAAUGAGGAGCAGCUCCUAAGCCACCUUCAGGAGCUGCAGCUUGAUGAUGAACUAGUGCAAACCCUGCAGAAACAGUGCAUCUUACUGCUGGAAGGAGGCCCCUUCAGUGGUCUGGGAGAAGUCAUCCACCGAGAAAGCGUUCCCAUGCAUACCUUUGCCAAGUAUUUGUUCUCAGCUCUGUUGCCUCAUGAUCCAGACCUGUCCUAUAAAUUAGCCUUACGUGCCAUGAGGUUACCUGUUCUAGAAAACUCAGCUUCUGCAGGCGACACUUCCCACCCUCACCAUAUGGUGUCUGUGGUGCCCAGCCGUUAUCCUCGCUGGUUCACGCUUGGACACUUGGAAUCACAGCAGUGUGAAUUGGCCUCCACCAUGCUGACUGCUGCCAAAGGAGACACUCUGAGACUCCGAACAAUUCUGGAAGCAAUACAGAAGCACAUUCAUUCUUCCUCCCUUAUCUUCAAACUGGCCCAAGAUGCAUUCAAGAUUGCUACUCCCAUGGACAGUAGUACUGACAGCACCCUGCUCAAUGUGGCCCUGGAGCUUGGGUUACAGGUGAUGCGGAUGACCUUAUCAACCCUUAACUGGAGACGCCGAGAGAUGGUACGAUGGUUGGUCACCUGUGCUACAGAAGUGGGUGUGCGGGCCCUGGUGAGCAUCUUGCAGAGCUGGUACACACUCUUCACCCCCACUGAGGCUACUAGUAUUGUAGCUGCCACUGCAGUAUCCCACACCACUAUCCUGCGGCUCAGCCUUGACUAUCCACAGCGGGAGGAACUGGCUAGCUGUGCUCGCACUCUGGCCCUGCAGUGUGCUAUGAAAGAUCCACAGAGCUGUGCUCUGUCUGCCCUCACACUCUGUGAGAAAGACCACAUUGCCUUUGAGGCAGCCUACCAGAUUGCUAUUGACGCUGCUUCUGGUGGCAUGACCCAUUCACAGCUGUUCACCAUUGCCCGCUACAUGGAGCUCCGCGGCUACCCGCUACGUGCCUUCAAGCUGGCCUCGCUGGCCAUGAGCCAUCUUAACCUGGCCUACAACCAGGACACCCACCCAGCCAUCAAUGAUGUGCUCUGGGCAUGUGCCCUUAGCCACUCUCUGGGCAAGAAUGAGCUGGCAGCCCUUAUCCCGCUGGUGGUGAAGAGUGUACACUGUGCCACAGUGCUUUCAGAUAUCCUUCGACGCUGCACUGUGACUGCACCUGGCCUAGCUGGCAUCCCAGGCCGCCGCAGCUCUGGAAAGCUCAUGUCCACAGACAAAGCUCCAUUGCGCCAGCUGCUGGAUGCCACUAUUAAUGCCUAUAUCAACACCACACACUCACGCCUGACACAUAUUAGCCCCCGCCACUAUGGAGAAUUCAUUGAGUUUCUGAGCAAGGCUCGAGAGACCUUUCUGCUGCCCCAGGAUGGCCACCUGCAAUUUGCCCAAUUCAUCGACAACCUCAAACAGAUCUACAAAGGCAAGAAAAAGCUAAUGCUGCUGGUGCGAGAACGCUUUGGCUGAGAAAGCAGACUGUUCACUGUCAGGGCAGCCUGGACUCCCAAGUACCGUCAGUUCAAGCCAAGGACAUUAAAACACUUGUACACCCUGAGAGUACUCUGAGCACGUAUGGCUGAGGCCAAAGGACCACAAAGCUAACGAUGGAGAGAGUCUAGCUCUAGCCAAUAUGCUUACCAUGGCAAGCUUCUCACUAUGGCCCACUGUUUCUAGAGGAGCUGGGCCCUGCAGGUUGAUCAGAUACAACAUGCCACCUCACGCCUCUGUAAUCCUGUGGUUCUGGGCAUUGGCCCUCUCUCCCUUGGCAAACACUGAACACUGUUCUGUCUCAGGGAUUGCUUAACCAGAGAAACAGAAGCAUUUAUGGCACUGUAAAUACUAUAGUAUAUGUGUUGCCAAUUAUUGUAAAGUUAUAACUAUUUAUAAUUAUGGUUCUGAUUGGAUGGACCCUUGAAGUAGCUGUGGGUGUGGGAGGAUAUGCUUGUUUUCUGGAGGAGACUCACAACCAUUUCUCAGGUUUCCUUGCAGAGUGUAUGCUGUUGGCAGCAGAAGAGUGGGGAUGUGGCAAGGAGAAAUGUGACCAGUUACAAUAAAUCCCAAGUCUAGACUUUGCAAAAACCCCAGCAUCUGUAGCCCCAUGGUGGGUGAGGGGCAGAGGACAGGCCUGGACUUAGACUUUUUCCUCACAAAGCUAUGAGGACACUGAAGCUCCUGCCUCACUUUUUAGGAGCCUGCUAAGCACCUGAGAAAUAAGUGCAGGGCAAAGAUGAAGGUCUAGGAACCUGCUGAGCUCAGAAUAUUCACCUGUUCUGGUCACCUUUGUGUUAGGGAAUAUCUGGUUUCAUCUCUAAUUAUGUAUGUGUGUGUACAUCUGUACAUGUGUCUAAAUACACGUGUCUACGUGCAUAGAUAUAGCGGUGCCUGCCUGCCUGCAUGUACACAUACAUAUUUAUGUAUAUCUGUGUCGGUUCUAUGUCUGUAUAUGUGUAAAUACAUGUGUGCUGGACUGUGGGUUUCUGUGUGAGAGUAUACAUGUUUGCGUACAUGUGAGAAUGCUUAUCUGGAAGUACACUCGUGUUUAUGCAUGUUCAGUGUGUAUGUGUAUCUGAAUACAUGAAUACAUGUGUAUGAAUGUUUCUGUCUGUAUGUCUGCUAGCCAUGUAUCUGUAUGUCUUUAUGUGUGACUGAGUGUAUUUCUACAGGUAGGUGUGUCUGUGUAUUCGUGUUUGAGGAGCUGCAUGAAUGUGUCCCGUCUCUUUUUGCCAGAUCUCUCUUCCCCAUUUCUUAGUAGCUAAACAUUUGUCCCCAUCUCUGUGCCUCCUCUCUUCACCAAACAAGCUUCUAAGCACCAGUUUCCCUCUACCCUGAGAUUGGCUACGUUGGCUCCACAGUUCUCUUCGGAGCACAUACUUGCUUUCUUCCCUUGGCUUUCUACCUCAAACUUUUCUGCUUGUUUGGAGGCUGGGGCUGGUAGGCAUUUGGCCUUUCCUUUCCUAAUUUCUAGUCCUGGUAGUCAACCCUAGGGUUCCUGCUGCCUUCCUGACCCCCUUAUAAGCUUAGCCAGGAAUAGGUAUAGGAGGUAGCACCGGCAUUUAAAAGUCAGUUGGAUACCAGUGUCUUGGUGGUGUUUACUGUUUAAUGUCUUAGUUCCCAAGUUGAGGGUGGGGUUUGAUAGGGAAGCAGUGGUAUACCUGAAGUGUGAACUAAGGACCUCACCAUCUGCUUUAUUUUCCUUUCUUUGACAACUGUUUAUGUCACCUUUUUUAUUCCAAACUGACCAAUAAGUUGUAUUUGCUGUUUGUGGAUACUAAUGUCCUACUGUCCAGCCAAGGGCCCCUAUAACAUCUCAGCCCAACAGGUUGGUAAAAAAGAGAAGCCACUCCUAUUUCUGUAUCACAACUCCCCCUUUUUUAGCAAGUGUGUGAACUCACAGUGCUUUUCUAUGAAUAAAUCAUGGAUCACAGAAAAAAAAUCAUUUUUCUAAAA